UCUGCAGUGCACAUACUAGUGAAUUUUACAAAAGAGGGCUGUUGUUUUUAUUGUUGAUCUUUGCGCUAUUAUUUUAUUGAUCUUGCAUGAAUAUGCAUACGUCUUAAUCUGAAUUCUUAGCAAAGACGAUAAACACUGCAAGGAGCUUGAUAUUCAACAUUUCUCACGGUAUUUAUGUGUUUGAAUUAUCGGCAGAUCGUUUUAUCGGUGAAAAUAGGGGCAGUUCCUUGUAUGUUUGAAGUCAAAUUUGAAUGUAGCAACUUUUAAAGCUUCUGGAUCUACAAAUUUUCAAGAAGCCUAAUCACAUAAGACAAAGUUGAUCGGAAAGUUUGCUGCCAGAAACUUCAACUCAGAAUGCAUAUAACUGAAUUCAACGCGUUGAUAAGCGAUCGGAGCUGAAUGUUUGCUCCUUCGAUGUGAAAAUGGCGUCAACAAGAAGGCAGCCAGCCCAGGAAGGUGGAUAUGUGCAGAGAUGUGUUAUCCUCCAUCGCGACGAGAACGGUUAUGGCGUCACAGUUAGUGGUGAAAAUCCCGUUUAUGUUCAGUCCGUCAAAGAGAAUUCUGCUGCAAACAAAGCUGGUGUUAAAGUUGGAGACAAAAUCAUCAAGGUAAAUGGCACAAUGGUGGCAAACUCCAAUCAUGUCGAGGUUGUGCACCUUAUCAAAAGUGGUUCGUAUGUGGCUUUGACGUUACUUGGAAGGUCUCCAGGUGAAAGGGCAAGCACCCAUAGUCCAGUGCCAAGCGAAAGACAAAGGCCAUUGUCACUUGUGAACAAUAUUAGCAAGAUAAGGACUGUUGAAUCAACGGAAUACAAGCCGGACAUUGAAGUCGAGGCCCUGCAAAGAAAUCUUGAUCACGAACGUUUGUUCUUCCAGAAAACUAAAGAGCAGUAUGUUCUAGAACCUUCGUUGGAGUCCCAGAAAGUGCUUGCUGAUUCGCAGAUCAGAAUCCGUGCUAUUGAAGAUCAGCUAAAGGCCCUUGCAAGUGGAGCCCCGAAAUCGAACUCCGUAAGAACUGUUAGUCGAUCAACGUCAGACUUCCACGCAGCACGGAAGCCAUUUCAGCAGCAUCAAAGGUCGCAUUCUGUUCAAGGGAUCAAAUCGUCUUCGUCUUUUAAACCGGUUACUGCUGCUCCCGAAGCUAGUCCAACCGAUUUGAGCAACAGUUCAGGCGAUAGAACACCGUCCAGUUCAUCCGAAGAAUCCCUACUGAAACAGAUAUCUCAGACCAAGAUCGACUAUAACUCUGUCCCUGCACAAAAACAGAAAGCUCCGAAACGAACUGUUUCUUUGCGCUCAUUCUCGAGAUUUUACGAUCGUCAGGCCGGCCCCGAACGACAACCAACGCUAGUGGAAAGGCCGACAAUUAGUCCACCGGUUCCGAUUUCACCUCCCACCGUUCAUUCAGAGACGACCGACAUCGUCAAUGUGAAUCAUACACGAAGCAAAUCGGACGAAUUAAACCACACGCGGACAAAAUCUGAUGUCGACGAUGAGCCAGUGAGUCAAGCCAAAAAACCAUAUCGGCCUAAUAACACAGAAGAAGCGAAGAUGGAUAGCAACAGUUUUGUUCCAGGAGGGAAAAUUGAGAAUUUACAACCAGUAAAUUCGGCAAUGUCGGUCAUUUCGAUGGAGGAAGAAGAAUUCGAUAGUGCCGACGAAAAGAUUGAUGAUCAUGGGCCAUUCCUCGAUUUAGAUACUCUGAAAUCCAAGCCAGCUCAUCUGGCUGUUUUUCUACAUUUUUUGAUGUCUAAUAGUGACCCAAGUGCAUUAUUUUUCUGGCUGGUUACAGAAACUUAUGCAAAAGAAGAAGGCUCACUGAAAGAUUUCAGGAAAUGGGCCUACGAGAUAUAUUCAACGUUCUUGGCUCCAUCUGCACCAAUGAAAGUAUGCGUUCCAGAGUCGAUCGAGCAAGCCCUGGCCGAGAACCUAAAAAGCAAAAGCUUAAGCGAAGAGGAUUUUAGAAAUUUAUUCCGUAGUUCAAGGGCGUUCGCAUUCAAUGAAGUUAGUGAGCAGUUAGCCGACUUCAGAAGCAAGCGGGCCCUUGGCCUCGGUAGCUUAUUUGGGGAUCAUCAGCUGGAAGAUGAUUUGGAUAAAGAUAAAGAGCUGAAGAUUGUUGAGCAGACUCUCCUCCCACACUUGGAAGCACUAACUGUUGAAGUUGAGAAGAAUCCGAAAGAAUCUGUUCAAUAUGCGGCGAAAAACUCGGCGAUGGCCUCUUCUUUGACGACAUUUAUGAAGCAUGUUGGAGUUUCAGUUAAGACUGGUGGAAGUCAGAUAAAUCCAUUAGAGCGUCACAAAAGUUUUGCUGAGAAAGAACGAAGCUCCUUGUUUAAGUUCAAACCAAGUAAAAAGGUGGUAACCGUGAAAGGACACCAAUUUAUCGGCACACAGUACACGGAAUGCACGUUAUGCAAUUACUGCGAAGGGCUGCUUUGGGGCAUUGGGACUCAAGGCAUGCAGUGCCAAGUAUGCGAGUACAAUGUCCAUAAAGGCAACUGCAUGGAAUCAAUCGAAGUCUCUUGCACUGGAAUUAAGCGGAAACUGAAAAUAAUGGAAAAACCGAAGAUACAUAAGCCAGUUAUCUCGAGAAAACCUGGAAUACAGAAAGGCGAAAAAACUGGAAAAGUCGAAGGCACUGAUGAUACAGAUAGUGAAAGCCUAUCAUUGCCAAAUUCACACAAUGAGAUGCGCAGUCGAGGGAACUCGCUAAAUGAAGAUCCAGACAAGCAAUCAAGUCAGCAAAGCGAGGAGCAAACGCUGUCAGAUCAAGAAGCUGAGAAAAGCUCAAGCAAGUCACCAGGACCAUAUGAGGAAUCACUACACGAACCAAUCACUCGUGAACGUGAAAGUAAAAAAUCGAAAGGGGACUACCCGACGAAAAAGAACAACCUCACUCAUGCACAAAGUGUCAAGAUGACUCGAGAGUUUGUGCGGCUGCUUGACCGAAAAAAGACCAUCACAUCUGUCAGUACUGAAAAAAUUGGCCAGAAAGGCGAUGGAUUGAAUAUGGAUAAUGGGGUUUAUGUGGCGCAGCCGUAUAACAGAAAACCCGACUCUCCUCCAAUGUCAGACGAAGAAGAGGAACAGGACGAAGAGCUUGAAUUAGAUGAUGUUCCUUCGCUUCCAUGGUCGCAAAUGGUGGACAAGAAGAUCAUAAAGAAACUAAAAGACAAGGAAGUGAAGAGACAAGAAGUUAUUCAUGAGCUAAUAAAUACAGAAAAGACGCAUGUUAGGCAUUUAAAAGUUCUUGAAAAGGUUUUUUUAAAACCAAUGCAAGAGAGGCAAAUCAUGCCACCGGAAGUUAUCCAGCAAAUUUUCCCAAAUCUUGCAGAGUUGAUCGAAAUUCACACCUCGCUUCUGGCAGAUAUGAACACGAGGUGUGCCCAGCAGGGGGACGUUAUAACUUCAGUUGCGGAUAUAAUUCUUGCAAGAUUUGACGGAGCUCCCGGCGAAAAAGCAAAAGAGGUUGCUGCUUUGUUUAAUCAUAACCAAAGGAUGGCUAUGGAAAUGCUAAAGAACCGUACCAAGAAAGACAGCAAAUUAGCUGCUUUCAUGGCGCGACAAGAAGAAUCAAAAUAUUGCAGGCGACUUAAGUUCAACGAUAUAAUGGCGAACACACAUCAACGACUUACGAAAUACCCUCUGUUAUUAAGAGAGAUGUUAAAAUCAACACCAUCUUCCAAUCCAGAAUUAAAAGAGCUGGAAAAAUGUGCUCGAUGUUGUAAGGAUAUUUUAAACCAUGUAAAUAAAAGUAUGAAAGAAACUGAAAAUAAAUGGAGAUUGAUUGAGCUUUCAAAGAAAAUCGACAUGAAAGCAUUAGAAGGAAACACAAAAAUUUUCGAUGAAUUUAAGGAUUUUGAUCUUACAAAGCACAAACUAGUUCACGAAGGCGAUUUAAUAUGGCGAAUUAACAGGACCAAAACAAUAGAAUUACACGUGUUAUUAUUAGAUUUAUAUAUGAUACUUCUACAAAAGCAAGACGACAAAUUAUUACUCAAAUCACACAGUACAACGCUAUCAACAGGACUUCAAGACAUGAAGACAACGCACAGUCCAAUUAUAAAGCUACAAAACCUUCUGACUCGAGACGUAGCCACAGACAAACGUGCGUUCUUCUUGGUCAGUACGUCUUCAGUUGGUCCUCAAAUUUACGAACUUGUCACGUCGACAAUUUUGGACCGAAACACGUGGGUCAAAGUUAUAACUGAGUGCGUAGAUGCGUCUUUACGAAAAGGAAAAGAACGAGGUCGGCGAGGUGCACUCUGCAUCCCCCCAUCUGGUAGCGUUGCUUUGUCUGAAUCCAUCGAUGAAAAGGAAGAAACGCCGCCUCAUGGCAGUUCAAGCAGACGGGGGUCAGCUGUGUCUAAAGAUGAAAACGGCAACAAGGAAACGGAAAAAGUAGAGGAAAAGCAGAAAGAGGCAGAUGAAGUUGUAUACGAGGAGUUACAGACUCCAGAAGUAGUCGAAGAAAAACCAGUCAAAAAGAUUGAUCCUCCAUCGAAAGAAAGAAUAGCAGAACUAUACGAACAACUACGAAUCAAAGACGACGAAGUGAAGAAACUACUCGAAGACAAGGCCAAAAUUGUUGCUGAACUCCGGUGUCAAGAGUUCGGCCCCACUAUAACCGCAGAGACAACAACCAACGACUCACAAGCGGAAGCUAGGGAGUUCAUUUUUGCAGCGAUCUUGCAAGGUAGCCGAUUGGCAGCAGCCGUCAAUGAAAUUUUCAACGUCCACCAGCGGUCAGAGAGCAACGGGCUGAUCGACAUGCGGGCAAUGUCGCCGAACCCUGCCUCGAUACCAAACGGUAUUUCUCGAGAAGAGUCACAGAAUGACGAAGAUAGAGUUAUACAGAGUCCACAGGAAGUACUUAUCGAAGCAACAACGACAAUUAACGAGCAGCUCACGAGUCUCCUGCGCAUUAUAACAGAUGAUGAAAAUACCAAAGAAAGGCUUCAGAGCGACCUGCAGGAGUCCCAAGCAGCGAUCAAACGUUUAACACAGACAGCGAAUAGUGAUGUGACCAGCGAAUCAGGGGAAUCACCUGAUAUUGUUCCAUCGUCCAGUCUUCCCUCCCUCAGCAGCUUAACCACGAAUGCGAGCACGAUGACGCCAGACAUAAUGGUCUCUGAUGAUAUCUCAGAAGAAGAUUCGAAUCGAUCAGAGGUAUUUGACGAAAUCAAGUCAGUCGAUGAAAAUUCUCAUACAUCACCUGUAACGUCGGUCAGUAGUGAUGAUCCAAUUCUGCUGUUAGGCCAUGAGGUAUCAAGAUUGGAAGGAUUUGAAGUAUGACCCUGUCAAAUCCAUUCAAGUCGCCAAAGGGAAGAUUGAGUGAACCUGAACUGAUAAUGGGCGACCGCGUUGAAAGGUCAUCUUCGUUUCCAGGCUCCAAAAGGACAUACAGCUCUGAAAGAUGAUCGUUUACCCUCAUUGUAGACUGUUUCUCAUCGCUGCUUUCGACUGAGGAACUAUGGGCGAGUUGUUACGGGCUCGUUCGAAAUGCAGGGAGUGAUGUGGCAGUAAGGGUUGUAUAAUGAGAGAGGGGCUCUUAUUUAAAAGGGAUUUUUUAGGACAAAGAGGAGUAACACUAUUGAAAUAUCCAUAACUUCUAAAGCCCCGUGCCCAAGUCAUUACGAAUGAGCAAAUUGGCAACUUUUGUCUGUUUUAAUGCGACGUAGUGUAGCGUAAACAAGGAAACGAUUUCGACACUGUGUAAGAAGGGUUUCUUAGAAGAUUAAAUCAUUUCACAGAACUAAACUAUUGAUGCCAUCUGCUGAAAGUAGUCUUAGUAAUUUUUGUUCAUCCAUGACUUUGUAGCACUUAUUUUUACUUUCAAUCAUAGUUUCAUAAAGACAUUGAGAAUCAAGAAACAGUGAACUAAAGUAGGUUCAGGCAAGGCCUUUUGAUAAAAUCUGCAUUAGUAGCAUGAGGUCACAUUUCGACUGCAAUUAUGCUUAGCAAUCUGAAGAUCUUUUAACAGGGAAACUAUGAAGUCUAAAUAUUUUAACGACACAGCUAAAUUCAUCAUUAAUUUAGCACCAGUUUAUUGUGAACUGUAGUGAACGGUACCCUUCAAAAAUCAAAAGCCGGCUAGAAUGCCCUCAAGAAUGAAUUAUUACUUUGCUCAACUUUGUACUCUCUUAGAAUGCAUCCCUCUAAUGGUUUAUCUUAUGCACAUCACAAUCUGAUUUAUUUUAUUACAAUCCAAGCAUCAGCCCGUCUAGAAAAUUACGGAAAUAUUUGGUUGUUUAAUUUUUUCCAUCGAUUUUGCCGUAAUUUCUCGUAGCUUUGCAUAGUAAGUUGAGUCAAUCGUGCCCCAGGUACACUUGAAUCAACUGCAACAACCUCAAAUGCGGUAUAUUCCGCCAAAAAAACAAUAAACGUACUUAAAUUCUAAGCGAUCAGCAAAAAGAAACUGGACUAUAUUUUAUAUUGUAGAAUAUCUUUAGAUCUGGAAAACACUAAUCAGCAAUCCUGAAAACCUCGUUCUUUUAAACUCUCAAAAAAAUUUGCUGCUUUAAAAGUUUUGCUUGAAAACUAAACGAUUGACAUAACUGUUUCUAGCUUUGGCUUCUUCUUGAAGCGAUCUUCGUCCAGCUGUGCUGCAACUUCGAUAGUAGUUCAACUUCAUGCAGAAUAGCCACUGCUAACGACCGUAUCGAGUGUAUAUGGGGCAUAAAAAAGUUUAGGGGAAACCACUUUACAGCAGAGGUGUUUUUAAUUACGUGUGUUUGUCAGCUAAAUUUUCAUAUCUGUGAUACAAAGGUAGUAGUAGAGAAAUUUGAAUUUUCAUUGGUGCAGUUAUUAUUAGCCGUAGAAAUAAUAAAUGUCAAGUUAUUGUAACAUACUAACACAAUUAUGAUAAAUACUACCAUCUCGAAA